AGGAAGAUUGCAGAGCCUUUCUCCUUCCUCUUUCGCCCACCAUCACGUAGAGCCUUGGUGGCGGGUCGCGCCCCAAUCAGGAAGCAUGGGUGCGUACAAGUACAUGGAAGAGUUGUGGAAGAAGAAGCAGUCGGAUGUGCUGCGGUUCCUGCUUCGUGUGCGCUGCUGGGAGUACCGCCAGUUGCCGAGCAUUGUGCGGGUGACGAGGCCCUCUCGGCCCGACAAGGCGCGCCGCCUCGGAUACAAGGCCAAGCAGGGCUUUGUGAUCUACCGCGCGCGCGUCCGCCGCGGUGGCCGCAAGCGUCCCGUGUCCAAGGGUAUUGUGUACGGGAAGCCGAAGCACCAGGGUAUCACGCAGCUCAAGUACCAGGUCAACAAGCGGUCCACCGCUGAGGAGCGUGUUGGGCGCAAGUGCGGGGGCCUCCGCGUGCUCAACUCGUACUGGAUCAACCAGGACUCCACGUACAAGUAUUACGAGGUGAUCAUGGUCGACCCUCACCACAAGGUCAUCCGCCGGGACCCUCGCAUCAACUGGAUCACCAAGCCGGUCAUGAAGCACAGAGAGCUCCGCGGCCUCACCAGCGCUGGAAGGAAGCACCGGGGCCUGCACGGAAAGGGCCACAACUACACCAAGGUCCGCCCGUCCGUUCGCGCCACAUGGAAGACGAACAACAGCCUGUCUCUCCGGCGUUACCGAUAGAGGGAUUUGGCUGGUCGUUUCAGAAGUUGACAUCCUGGAUUGCGUUUUUCAUGUCCUUCUGGGGAGCCAAAGCACCUCUCACCGCCCGUUUGUUGUUGCCAAAGAUGUGACGAGAUUCAGUGUGAUUACAUGCUCCACAUACUUGGUGUGAGCCUGCUUUUAGCAGCUCAAACGAAUGACGACCGCCUCCAAUGCUUGCCCUUUGUGGUGUAUCCGAUCGAUAUGCAUGAUACAACUCCUGCC